UACGCUCUAAUUUCCGCGAAAGCACGGCCGGCUGUGGACGUGGUGGCCCGGGGUCUGCCACGUCGGAGGGCGAUCAGCGCGACAGAUUAUCGAUAUAUUUUACGAAUUCUUCGUGAUAGCGAAACAGGAAGUGGAGGACUCGAAGAAGGUGGAGAAGCCGCAGGUGAAAAGACGUGUAGCCGUUCAUUUUGAACGGUUUUUUUGGAAAGGAAAAUCACUCACCCGUCAAGCAAUAGGCAUCAACGACAAACAGUGGGUCGAACUUUGCGAACAACGUCCAGUCCUCACCUCUUCCAUGUAAAGGCUGCCCUGUCAUGGCUAUCGCCCUUCUGGGCAAGUGCGUCGCGCUGCUGGCUCUCAUCGUGCUGCUCUACGCCACCUGCUAUGGCUUCCGGAUACGUGACAUUGUGCCGCAGACGCAGCAUCCGACCGUCUGCGUCUCGACGCACGGCAGAAUCUGUCCAACGGAGAGAACGGUGACGACCGGAGGACCGAUCUCGACCCGGAAAUGGCACGAGGGCACAGUGCCGCGGACCAUCGCUGGUGACCGGAAACCACCUGCUGAACUAACUUCAGACAUCGGAACGGGGAGAAUUCGAAUGGAGAAGAUCACUGAACAUCCGAGAGACAGGGGUGCGACUAGACUUCCGAGAAGCUCCAGGAUAGAAAGUGACGAGAUAGAUGACGACGAAGAGGAGGAAGAGGUAGUUGUAGAAGUGGAAAGCGUGGAGGAGGAUGAGGAAUCGGUGGGGGAUUCCGAAAGGGAUCAGGCGGAUGAAAAGACAGAUGAUGAAGAAAAAGAAGCAUCGGAAGCUGAGCUAUCAGAUCAGGAUGCUAAAGAUAAGGAGAAGAAAGUAAAAAAAAAGUUUCCUACUGACGACGAUGAUGAUAAGAGUGAAGAUAAUGAUGAUGAAGACGAAAAUGAUGAAGAUGAAGAAGAUGAAGAAGAUGAUGAAAAUGAAGAAGACGAUGAUGAAGAUGAAGAUGAGGAUAAAAAUGAUUAUAAAAAAUCUUUCAAAAAAGACUCAAAGAAACAAAUGAAAGAAAUUAAAACCACAAAGAUUGUUAAACCAAUAAAAUACGCUAAAAGUAAAGCUGAUGAUGACGACGAUAAGGAAGAGGAAGAUGAUAAAGAAGAAAAAAAAGCAGCCAGGGCAGAUCAACGAAAAGUAAUAGAAUCACUUAAAAAAAAAUUUAGUGCACCACAUAAAAAAGAAGACGAAGACGAAGAUGAAGAUAAAGAACCUGAUGUAAAAGAAACCACUCCAGGACCUAGAAAAUUGGAGAAAGUGAGACUCGCUGAUAAAGAUAAAAUAAAGACAACUAUUUUACAAAGCAAACGCGAUAUGGAAAAACCAAAACAAGACGACAAAAAGCCAGUCGAUGUCGCGAAAUCAGCGAUGAAAGCAGAGAGCGUGAAAAAGACGACCGAAAGCACAAGGAAAAUUGAAUCAGUCGAAAGUACGAAAGAAUCCACCGACAGCACGAAGAAAUCAGUCGAAAGUGCCAAGAAAUUAACUGAAGGUACGAAAAAAGUUGAAUCAGUUAAGGCUAUUCCUAAGCCUAAGGCUGAGGUGCCUGAAACUGCAACGAAGGUAGACGAAAAAUCGAAGACGCGAGUGAAACCGGAAACUUCAACACCUGCACCGAAAAUUAAGGAGCAAGCGAAACAACCGGAGAAGGCGGAUGUCAAAAAAGUAACAGCGAAACCAACUUCGAAACCGUCGAAGGAAGUUUCGCAAGCGGAGAAGCAAGAAACGAAGCCGAAAACGAAGGAACAUACAGAUGCGUCUAUUACAUUGUCCGAAGUGAAUGAUGCAAUUCUGCGUGUGCCGACUUUCGUGCCAAAUUUUACGAACGUUGAAAAUUCGGAAUGUCAGCAACAUGGCAAGAUAUUUCUGCGACAAUUGAGAGGUUACAAGUUGUGGGCGCUCCAAAUGUUAGAUUCGAGCGCAAAGAUUCCGUCAGGCUUGUUACGAGGAAACGUGAAUCAGCUCGGGGAUUACGAUCAAUGUUUGGGUGUGCUGGCGCAUGUUAAAGUGGACGAGAAGACGAUAAGAAUUCAAGGGAAAUAUUGCUUGGCAACUGUGGACCUGCAUGCAACCCAUUCAGACAUGAGACUGCCAGUCCAUCUAAUGCAGGCCCGUGCUUUUAUACGAGGAAAUAUGCACGACCCAGGUCAUUUCGUUCCAAAAUUCACUUCAUUUAAUUGGGCGCUGUGUCUACCCGCGGCGUGUUCCGCUAAGGACGCUGAAUAUGCGUUAGAAAGUACUUUAAAAGAUUACAAUGGAACUGUUGGAAUUAAAUUUACGGUGAACGUCGAUCCUAAUAUGUGUUACGUCAAACAAAAGUCACAGACCUAUUCGAAAGAGACGAUCGGUGUUUUGUAUUUUUACGCUAUGAUUAUUUGUCUCGUUAUUAUAGCGACUGUGAGGGAUUACUUCGUGGAGACGCGAGGGAAAGGAAAUUAUUCUGAGAGGAUAAUCAUGUCAUUUUCCUUACGAAGGACGAUUAAAGCCUUAUUGAAGGAAGCGACGGAUGCUGCGGAUAUUACGUGUAUCUAUGGAAUAAGAACGUUGGCUAUGAUCAUUCUUUAUGUUGGCCAUCAGCUUAUGACAAUUCCCCGAAUACCGUUUAGCAACCGCAUUUCUUUUACCGAGAUCGCCAACAGUCCAGUCAGCUCUAUUCUGCGAGUGGCGUUAGUUUACACGGACACGUUUCUGCUGCUAAGCGGUGUUCUCACAGCUUACAACAUGGCGAAGGAACUGAAGACUCGUGGUGAAAUUCGCUGGUUUUGCCGUUUCGUUGCCAGAUUUAUCAGACUUUCACCGGCGUUGCUCGCGGUGGUCUUCUGGUACGCGUUCGUGAUGGAACACAUCGGCUCAGGUCCGCAAUGGAAUAGCGUCAUCAUGGCGAACGCGGAGCUUUGCAAAUACAACGCGUGGACAACUCUAUUAUAUGUGCAAAAUUUUUUUCCGUUUGAAGAGAUGUGCGCCUCGCACACGCAUCAAUUGGCCUUGGAUAUGCAACUGUCGCUCUUGGCGCCUAUCCUAGUCUUUUUCUUACAAUACAAACUUAUCAUCGGUAUGCUCUUGAUGGCCUUUCUCAUCUUGUUAUCUGCUACUCUUCGUUAUAUAGCGACAAUAAACAAUUAUCUGUCUAUCGUCAUCUAUCACGGAAUUUCAUUAAAGCGCCUUUACAAGACUGCUAAUUUAACUUACGUGUUGCCGCUGCACAGAACAACGCCAUACGUCUUCGGUGUCGGCCUCGGUGUGUUGUUGCAUUACACCGGAAAGAACGUCAGGAUUCACAGGGUGUUAGUGAUCUUGGGUUGGUUGAUCGCGAUAACCUUGGGCUCAUGGUCGUUAUUUUCACCCUGGCGUCAGGCCAAGCGCGACUACGUGUACGACGCUGAAGAGGCUACUCACUAUGCAGUAAUCGGGCCGGUGCUAUGGGCCGCGGCUCUAUGCUGGUCAAUAUUUGCCUGCUUUACGGGGCACGGAGGCAGUGUUAAUAGAUUUCUCUCCAGCUAUUGGUUCAUGAUCUUCAGCAGGAUAUCGUACGCUGUGUAUCUAACGCAAUUCGCAGUAUUUUUUUACAACGUUGGGACCACGAGAUUCUCCACGGAAUUUCAACUUUAUAGAGCAAUUGAUCCUCUGGAAGUAGCGAUAGUGAUAGUCGCGUCAGUCGUUUUGACGUUACUUUUUGAUCUUCCGAUGCAGGAGGUGAAGAGCGUCAUAAUGGAAAGCACGGAUGUGGCGCUCGAAGUUUCCGAAGAAAAAAAGACACUCGUGAGCGAGGAUAAAAAGGCCGAAACCGCGAUCGAGCAAGCAAACGUUUUCGAGAACGAUGAAGUCGUGUCCACCGGGUGGGAUCGACAGAAGGAUAUAGCGCACGGUGCAACCACUCUCGAGGCGCACGACACGGAAGAGAAAAUAGACGUACCGACACUGACGAAAAUGAAUGGAAAGCGAUUGUCAUUCAUCGAUCGUGAUUCCGAAGAGAUAUCAAAUAAAGACCGAGUCAAGCAAGCGGCUAAAAAACCACUCAGAGAAACGGAGAGUUACACGGAUCGUAAGAUAGGCAUGAACAGACAGAGAUAUGCAACAGAUGACUCUGAAGAAGAAACUAUCGAAUUUCUCAGAAAUCAGCGACAGCAUGACGAGGCUAUAGCUCAGCGCAAUAGACGUUCGUUAUCUAGGACCAAAGAAAACAAGAGAUUAUCGUCAAGGGAGAGCGAAAGUGAAGAAGAGCGCAGAAAAAAGAUCGAGGAUGAUUCGAGGCAAUUUAAGAGAUCCGAGUCUAGAGGAAGAACGUCAACCAAGGCGGAUGAUUAUCGUUCUUGGGAGUUCGUCGGAAAGGAAGGUUCAACCGUUAGAGAACAACACGAGUCGAAACCACCCCUCGUAAGAUCGACGAGAAGAAGGUUCUCUUCUGAGAGCGAGGAGGAGCCACCAGCUCUGGAAAAAACGAAGCCGGUACGCGUUUCAAGUUCUGAAACAAAAACGAGUGAUGAGGAGGAAUGGGAACACGAAUUAAGGAUACGUAAGAAACAGUUUAUGGAAAAAUUGGCUACUCAACAGCGCGAGUCAUUGGUUGAGGAGAGCGAGAUCAGCGCGGAACCGUUGCAACGUAGAUCCUCUGCGGAGGGCAGAAUAGCCUUACUAAGAGACGAUAUUUCGGGUGAGGAUAACAUGGACUCGUGGACCGUCAGCGUUGGCCCACAGAUUGCGCUUCUUGGGUCUUCUCAGGAACCAAGUGAGCCCGAGGAGGACGGUAUGUACUUACGACGUAGAGAAUACCGUGAACAGGGACCGCCAUCGAGAGAAGAAAGCCUAAGCGAGGAAGAGAGCAGUCAGGAUACUUCAAGGAGACAAUCCUACACUAGUGAUAGUCAAAAAACGUCUCUGGAAGAGGAAGACAACUAUAACUUUAUCUUGACUAAGGGAAGCAAAAGAGAAUCCCUACAAGAUUUAUCGCAACUGUCGCAAGAGGAUUUGGCGAGUGCCGGAUGGAACGUCGUAAAGAAAGAAGGCGAUCUUUCCGUCAAACCAACUGGUUUAUUCAAACGAGAAUCCAUUGUAAAGAGCCAAGCGAGUGAGGAAGAUCCCGAAUACCUCUUGCCAGAAAGGCCCAAGCUGGUCCAGCAAGAACGGGAACAUCCGUUUAAGAAAGCCUGGCAGAUGCAGAAGUCUAGAUCGGAGGAGGAAGGCUCUUCGGCGUACACUAUAAAAGAUUCCAAGGAGCAGCUAUCCGAAACUAAGGCGAAGGAACCGUCGAUCAAACGCGAGCUCAGUGGUGCGCAGUCCGAGGAUAGCGAGUCGUUCGCUGACGACGAAUCAGUCGAAGCCACGGUGAUGCUGAGAGGUAGGAGUACUGACACGGAAGAUGCAAGAACCAAUUCAACGAGAUCCGGGACGGAUGAAACGGAUUCGGUCUCGACAGAGUGCAGUAGAGCUAUGCGCGAAAGAGACCACAGACAGAGCUCGAAAUCUGAGACCGAUGAAGAUUCCGCGAAAUUUAAUUGGCCUGGUGAGGAAGAGGAGGAAUCGCCGGAAAGUGAGAUCUACAGAACUGGCCACAGAGGGAAGUCUGAGGAAGUGGACUGGGAUUGGGAGCGAGAGGAAACUUGACGAAAAUGACUUUAGACGAUUGUAUAGAGUGACUAUAUCCUACCUUCAAAUUCGGUUGAAGGCAAAGACGAAAGGAAACGAUGGUUAUAUCGCUCGAAGGAUGUACGAUUUGCAAGAGCAAUGGCAAAGAUGAAGAAAUAAUCAAAAUUUAUACGUUAAUCGUUAUAUAAGUUAAUAAAUUAUAAUGAAAAUAUUCUAUAUACGUCAGACAAUUGUACCCUUAAUUUUUGUACGAUACGCAAAAAUUCAAAAAGCCCUGACUAACUAUGCCAUAUAAUUUCAAUUUAAAUAAACCAAGUACGGUCACUGACGGCGGUAUCAAAUUCGCUUACCUCUAUAUAUCACUUAUAGGCCGCACGAAAGUCUAGGAUCGCAAUUAAUUUGAUUUAAAUGAUGACGUUUCAUGGAUCUUUUACGUGUAUGUUUUUCACAUGGAACGCGAAGGGAUGAAUUAGCAGGUUAAAGAGGAGAAACGACCUCAGCUGAUAUACUUUACGAGACAAAAUCUCGUAAAGAGUUGGUGCGCGAGCGCAUAAUGUUCACCGUUCGCUCGGGCUGGUAGGCGAUCCUCGGCCGGACGCGUUAUCCACGUGAGGUGAUCUACGCUCGCGUUUAUGGCGCCACGGGGAUUACUUCCGUUCACCAUACCUACGGAUCUGCG